AUGGCUAGCUCCAGGCUCUAUAUCCUCUGCUUUGGGUGCUCUCUUCUCUUACUCCUGGGGGCUUGCGAGGAGUCGACAGAGAUCAGGGGCACGGGGGAUGGAGCUGAUGAAAGCCAGGAGGAGAAAGAAAUGAUGGAAGCACUGCAGGAGGUCUUGGAGAAGCUGAGGAGCAGCCGGCUGCUGCCACCGCUUGAAAAGAAGUUAGGGUGGGUGCCUUCGUGUGAUGCAGGUGAAUCGUGCGCAGUGCGGAAAGGGUCUCGCAUCGGCAAACUUUGCAAUUGCCCCCGCCGAACAUCAUGCAACAUGUACAUCUUGAAGUGCUUGUGAGGACACCGGCAAGGGGCGUGUGAGGGCCUGUAUCUUGGAUGGAACCUUGAUGCACCGCCCCAGCUUAAACCCCCACCCCCCCACCCCGAUGGAGUGGAAACUCUUCAGAAACACCCCUUGUGGAUCUGUGCCUCUGAUGACAUUGGGAUUCUACAUCCGCUGAACCUAGAAAAAUGGCCACCAAAUUCCUGUAGGCUGUCUUGCCCGUGGGGCAGACGGAGAAUAAAAUUUCCGA